AGUUUGGGGGCAGGGGGGUAACUGCCCAAGAGACCUCUCCGGCGAUGGAAGCCGCCCGCCUGCUGCCCAACUUCACUCUGUGCCUGCAGCUACUGAUUCUCUGCUGUCAAACUCAGGGGGAGAAUCACCCGUCUCCUAAUUUUAACCAGUACGUGAGGGACCAGGGUGCCAUGACUGACCAGCUGAGCAGGCGGCAGAUCCGUGAGUACCAGCUCUACAGCCGGACCAGCGGCAAGCACGUGCAGGUCACCGGGCGUCGUAUCUCCGCCACUGCUGAAGAUGGCAACAAGUUUGCCAAGCUCAUAGUGGAGACAGACACCUUUGGGAGCCGGGUGCGCAUCAAGGGGGCUGAGAGCGAGAAAUACAUCUGCAUGAACAAGAGGGGCAAGCUCAUCGGGAAGCCCAGCGGGAAAAGCAAAGACUGCGUGUUCACGGAGAUCGUGCUGGAAAACAACUACACGGCCUUCCAGAAUGCCCGGCACGAGGGCUGGUUCAUGGCCUUCACGCGGCAAGGGCGGCCCCGCCAGGCCUCCCGCAGCCGCCAGAACCAGCGAGAGGCUCACUUCAUCAAGCGCCUCUACGAGGGCCAUCUGCCCUUCCCCAACCAGGUGGAGAGGCAGAAGCAGUUCGAGUUUGUGGGCUCAGCCCCCACCCGCCGGACCAAGCGCACUCGGAGGCCACAGCCCCUGACGUAGUCAGGGACACAGGGGGUGGGCAGCUGCCCCUCAUCAGCCUUCCCAUCCCCUUCCCUUCCUAAUCCAAAGACCGGGCUGGGGUGGAGGGAGGGGAGCCAGAGCGCCCCAGGAGGGCCCUGAAGACCAGCAAGCAUCGGAGCCCCAAGCUGGACGGGCAGGACUGGCGUCAACCAGUGCUGGGCCUCAGGGUUGCCUCCUGGACCCCACUCUGGAAUAGGCCCCCAAGGGUGGGGCAGGCCCCAGGAGAGAAGCCGUCCUAGUGUCCCCUGGACACAGACUCACUGAACCGAGAG